AUGCCGCCUGACUCUAAAAGGUCUAAUGUGCGGCGUUCUAAUGUGACUGCCUGUGCUCGAUGCAAAUCACGAAAGCAACGCUGUGAUCAAAACCUCCCCGCCUGUUCGAAUUGUGAACGCGCUGGCGUGGACUACCUGAAAAGCCUUGAAGAUCACGUCGCCCAGUUAGAACGACAACUCCAGGAAUAUCGUACAAAUGACCGGCAGAUACCCCGGAACGAAGCGGACACAGUGACCAUAGAACGCAUAUUGGAACAAGCCAGCUUCGUUGCCUUACCUUCGUCUAGUUUUUCGAAUUCACGAUAUAUGGGUACUGGUUCUGGGUUGCCGCUGCUUCGACUUCUCCUUUUCGAGGACGGGACUACUACACUGCCUCAACAGUCAGUUGGAAGCGACUUAAAUUCAUCGUCGAUCGUGGACUUGUUGCAGCAAGAUAUCCCGGUUCAAUUGCCUGCUCAUGCCACAUCGAUAAGGCUCAUUGACGCUUACUUUGAGCAUUGCGACUUCUUUGUUCCUAUUCUCUAUCGCAACGAAGUCCUUCGUAUGCUUGAUGAAGCUGCCGAUGACACUAAAAUCCGUGAACGGUACAAGAUUUUCAUGAUCCUGGCCAUAUCUAUCCAGCUAUUGAACAGGACCGACUCUUCUAUACCUGCUUCCAGGGCUGAUACAUUCUUCUCCUUUGCGAAAUGCCUACUUCUCGAUAACCCUGCUAACCUACUCACUGGAGACCUGGAACACCUGGAGAAUCUAUUACUUCUCAUACAAUUUUCAUCGUUCACGUCACAUCCUUCAGUAACAUGGCAUUAUGUCGGGUUGGCGACGAGGCUAGCUAUCGAUCUCGGACUUCAUGAUGAGCCUCCUCCGCAUCAUCAACUUGAUCCACUCUCUCUCGACCGGCGAAAACGCCUCUUUUGGGCUACUUACACAUUCGAGCGAAAUCUUUGCACUGUCUUGGGUCGCCCAGUAUCAAUUGCCGACGAAGCCAUCUUUGUGUCGCUGCCAGUUGACGUAGACGAUAAUUACAUCACGGAGGACGGAAUACUUCCCCAGCCCGAAUCAUCACGAAAAGCCCUUGCGCUGCAUCUUAUAAGAUACCGACAACUGGAGUCCGAGAUCAUGCAAGUACUGCAUCAGAAGCAACCACUAAUAUCGAUGGCCUUUAAUUACGAGCUUUGGAGAGAUGACAUGCGCCGAAGGCUGUACGAUUGGCGUGCCACGAUGCCGCUCCACCAGUUCCCAUCUCAAUUGGCACCAAUGGAGAUUUUUGACGGUUGUCUCUACAAUUCACUACUCCAGCUCUUUUCACCAUCACGUCACAUGCCGUCGAUAUCCAGCGAUGAUACAAUCUUCCUCGCAGAUUGCGCCCAAGGCAGCAUCGAAGCCUACCGCUCCUCGUUCCGCGAUGGAAAGUUACGUUUCUACUGGCGCACUGUUCAUAACCUUUUUCGUGCCGGCGUUGCCCUUGUCUAUAGUCUCAAGCACUGGCCAACGGGGCUUGAGUACGAUGGAGACUCCAUGCAGGCGUCGUUAACCUCUUGUUCCUCGGUCCUUUGGGGAAUGGUUGAAAGAUAUCCUGCGGGGAAACACUGCCGGGACACUUUCGAUAUUCUUUGCCGGUCACUCCGACGACCGGCGGCUGGACAAGACCUCCAAUCGCAGCCACAAAUCCACCGAGGCACAGACUUAUUUCCGAUGCUGGGUAAUGAUGCUAUAAUCCCCGCAGACCCAUCUAGCCUGACGGCAGACCAUUUUAUGCUACCGAAUCUCAACGUGCAGUAUCUAUUUCCUAGGGGCGAAUCAUGA